UUUCCUACAGGCUUAGGGUUUGAAACAACACAGCUCGCACCGGUGGUUUGUUUAUAUAGUCAGCUUGUGCGCGCGCGUGUGCGAACAACACAUUUGUGAUUUACAUACACCCCCUUUGCUGAUACUUACCCCCGCCCCUCUUACCCUCUUCAUCGUCUCUCUUCUGCCUCUUUCUUCACACUUCGCUCACACACACCCGUGUCUUUCUCUCACACACAUACACACACUCCUCCCGCCGCCCGUGUUCGCGUUCACACUUCCACGCGUGUUUCACUGAGUGCCGCCGCUGGAAACAAUGGGAACGGAGGCGCUUUGUGUCGGACAGAGACUGACGCGCUUCACUGUGUUUGUUUAGGAGUUUAUGCUGAAAGACUCAUAUAUUCAGGAUCUCAUUAUCUCGCUUUAACACAAUGGGCUGCUGCAGCGGACGGUGCACCCUUAUAUUUCUGUGCACGUUUCAGUUGAUGGUGGCGUUAGAGAGGCAGGUCUUCGAUUUCUUGGGGUACCAGUGGGCUCCCAUCCUUGCCAACUUCUUCCACAUCCUGGUGGUCAUCCUGGGCCUGUUCGGCACCAUUCAAUACAGACCUCGCUACAUUGUGGUGUAUACAGUUUGGACGGCGCUGUGGGUCGCCUGGAACGUCUUCAUUAUCUGCUUCUACCUGGAGGUUGGAGGUCUUUCAAAGGACAGCGACCUCCUGACCUUCAACAUCUCUGCGCAUCACUCCUGGUGGAGCGAGCAUGGGCCGGGCUGCAUCCGAAGAGAGAUCCCAGCCAGUGGAGAGCGCGAAGCUGACACACAGUCCUACAUCUCCAUCAUGGGCUGCCUGCUGGAGUACCAGUACAUAGAAGUGCUGCACAGCGGCUGCCAGAUCCUCAUCUCUCUGCUGGGCUUCAUCUACGCCUGCUACGUCAUCAGUGUCAUCACAGAGGAGGAGGACAGCUGUCUUCGUAAAUGAAAAAGUGUGAUGAAGAGCAUCUGCUCUGGCCAUUCCUCCUCUCAGUUCCUCUCUCCUAAAACACUGUCUCAUCAUCCUCAAUCAGCCCUUCCUGCUUUAGACAGAAUUGGAGAACCAGCUCCCUGAUUUCCAGCUCUGGACAAAACGCAGCCGCUCCGACACACUCUUCCACAGUGGCUGCAAAGCAUAUCUAAACAGAAAGCUCUAGUGUUUUGAAGGGUGUUGUGCGUGUGUGUGGUCCAUGCUUUUGAGUUUGUUCACAUGUUGUGGUUCACUGAGUUCCAGCUCUGUAUGUAUGUGUGUGUGUGUGUGUGAGGUCAUUGUGUGCUGUUUACUUUCACUCAGGAUUUGCACAAUAAAAACGGAGAGAGCUGAGAGGUGGAAAGUGGGCGCGGAGCAUAAAUAUAAAACAAAGUGAGACGACUUCUUGUGGUAGUCAAAAAUAGAAUCAAGGAAGUGUUAAAUAUAAACUUGAGAAAGAAUUCGAGCUUUCUGGAAGUUGUUUUGUGUUGUAGCGUGAUGAUGGAUUAGCUAUGGUUCCAUCCUAACCUAAAAGAACACUCCACUUUUUUUGGAAAUAGGCUCAUUUUACAACUCCUCUACAGUUAAACUGCUGAGUUUUGCCAUUUUUGAAUCCAUUCAGCUGAUCUUUGGGUCUCGAGGGAGAACUUUUAGCUUAGCUUAGCAUAAUUCAUUUAAUCUGAUUAGACCAUUAGCAUCUAGUUAAAAAAGUUCAUAACAUUUUUCUAAUAUUCCUGCGCAUUGAUUUUGCACAGCAUCUGAAAAUAGUUCUGAAUCAUCUCUCACACAUCACCACGAUUGCAGCGAUCACUACAAUUGUAUUUUCAGGUGCUAAUAUAAUUGCUCCUGCUGCAGCAAAGUUCCUUGAUUAUUAUGCCGGAAUUAGCGUAUAGUUCGUAGACAUAUCAGCCUAGAUCAUUUUCCCUUGGUCUUAGUACACAAUGUAACCACAGAAGCUUUAAAUAGGAAAUUUGUCAAACCCCUUUGGUCAUUUUUGAACAAGAUAAUAGUCUAAUCCGAUUCCAUGAUCUAUGCUAAGUGGAGCUAAGAGCGCUCCUGCCAGACUCAGAGAUCGGCUAAAUGAAUUCAAAAAUGGUAGAACUCACCUGUUUAACUCUAUGCUGUAAAAAAAAAUCUGUAAUUUUGCGGCUUAUUUCCGGCACCCCAAAAAACGUAAAAUAACGUCCGUUAAAUUACAGAAAUUUACAGUAAAAUAACGGAUGUUUACAGAAAUUUCCUUAAAUUUAAAUUUCUGGUAAAUUUCUGUAAUUUAAUAUCCGUUAUUUUAUGGUAAAUUUCUGUAAUUUAAUAUCUGUUAUUUUAAGGUAAAUUUCUGUAAUUUAACGGGCGUUAUUUUACAGGGUUUAUUUCCGGCACACUAGCUGCGGAAAUAAACCGUAAAAUUACAGAUUUUUUUUUACAGCGUAGGUGACUAGUAAAAUGAACCCAUUUCUGGAAAAAGUAGAGUUUAUCUUUAAUUUGUAUGAAAAAAUGGAAUACCACAGAUAUAAUUAGCAAUUAAAGCUUUGUUUCAAUUCCAUGUGUUGAGAACAAAAUAAUCACGUCCCUGUAAACUGGUGCAAUAAAUAAUCAAUGUAAGUCACUGCAACCAGGGAAACCGCUGUAGCUUUAUUUGACUGAACAAAUGAUGUUAUGUUAUCUUGCGUCGACGAUUGGGAAUGGACUCUCAUUUGAUAAAUGUAUUCCCAUCAUUGUUUAUUCAUCUCUUCAUCAUUCUAUUACAAGUGUUUUAUUAAAUAUUGAAAGGUGUUUUGUGCAUCUUA